CAGUGAAGCUUGAUCCGUCAUUUUUACAGUUAGACCAGGAAGCAGAGCUUGGAUACACUGCUUUGUAGUGUGCUGUUUAUCUUCUUGAAAGAGGAGAACAUCAUUUUCUGAAAUAAAGAUGAACGACAGAGACUACACCGCUCCUUUAGACGCCACGGUGGAAAGGUUAAAACUCAAGUAUUUGCACAGAAGAACAACGGGCUCCACAGUAAAUAUGUCCCGGGGAAGUUUCAAAAGUGGGAACAAUUCAUUCAUAGCAGAAUCGCCACCAGAAAAAAGGACACUAACAUCAGCAGUGAAGUCUCCCACUUCUGGGCUUAGCUACAGUGAGCGGAAGCACUAUAAUAAAGCUAUACGAGAGCUCUUCAACAUAGUCAGACUCGGCUCGGAUCGUCUUGACAAGACCAACAAUAGUAUUCACAAUUCACCUCCUGCAGUAAGUGAUGAUGAAUUUAGUGAAGAAGAGACUGACAGUGGCGCAGUUCCAGAUACCCACACCCAGAUAUAUACUGAAACAGAUGUGACUUUGCCUUCCAACCUGACUAGAACUUCAGGAUCUUUUUUAACAGACCCAUGCACUGAGGUGGUUAAUGUGUCAUCCAGACGAGGUGGAAGCAGGUCACAGCCCAGAGUGUCAGAAGAGCAGGGCUUUCUUCCAGCUGAGAUCAGUCAGGUCUAUGAGGAGAUGGCUGUUAUACACGAGAAGUUACAGGUUAAAAGUGCUGCUCAGCAACAGUUUGCACUGCAGCUCCAUGAACGUGAACAGAGGUUGUUGCAGAGAGAAGCCCUGCUCCUCAAGCAACAUAAUGCCUUGAGUAAAAUCAGAGGAGUAGAGGAAGAAGUUUGCACCAAAAUCCAGAUGAUAAAAGAACAACAUGACCAAGAAGUAAAACAACUGAGUGAGACUCUGAAAGAGAAAGUGAAAGAAAACAAGAGGCUUAAAUCCUCCUUUGACACCAUAAAGGAAGUGAACGAUUCUAUGAAGAAGCAGUUAAAUGCUGUAAGUGAACAGAACAAAACACUGGAAACCCAGGCAAAAAAAGUUCAAGCUCGUCUAGAUAACCUACAGAGAAAGUAUGAGUUCUCAGUGGUACAAAAGAGCCGUGGAAACAUUCAACCAGCAGUUCCCACUAACAUCAGUGUGUAUGACCUGCUGGCUAUCCUCAUGGACUGGAUAUCGGAUAGUCACCUAUGUAAUCUUGUGCCUGAAGGUGAAAAUGACAGCAAGGGGGUGCCUGGCCAGCACACUUUACCAAACAACUGCAUUCAAGAGAAAUGCACAAAGCUGUUGCCUUUGCUGACAGAGCAACUUCAUCUGAUGCCAGCUAUAAACUCCAAGCUUCACAUACUGCUGGUAAAAUUCAUCUAUUGGACUUUAAGGCAGUUAGAAAUUGGAACACAGCAAACUUCUCUGACUUCAACUAUGAGAAGACUGGGUAAAGAAAUCUACAGAGGAGCUAUAAUUCAAGGAGAACCAGAAAGUUCUGAAGAACAAGCUAACGUCGCAAAACAAAAGUCAGCAAUCUUCUUCAAGAGUCCUAACCUACAUAUAAGAUUUGUGUCAACGCUAAUCGUUCUUAAAACAAUUUCACAAGCGGACUACUUGGCUCAAGCUUUUUACACUUUACACAAGGACUUAAAGAGUGAUGAAGGAAAAGCUUUGUUCCUGGAGUACCAGGCUUUACCUGUAGUUCUGAACCACCUCAGGACAUCCAGUAAAGGUCUUCUUUCUGCAGCUUUGGACAUACUGCUGCAGAUGAGCAUGGAGACAAGGUUGCUGAAUCCAUUUUUGGAAGCCUGCAGUAAUGAGGAAUUUUUCCGAACAUUCUCAUUACUGCUCCGAAACCCUAAACUGGAAGUCCUGCUGCUAGAAAAGAUCAGCAUUAUCCUGCAGAAACUCACCAAAAUAAAGAAGAACAAGAAGCUGUUUGAACUCUUUACGAUGCACCUCAUGAUCCAGGAGAUGCACAGGACUGCCGACCCUGACCACACCUUUUUGUCUAUUAAUUUAACCUCAAUUCUCUUCAAUUUGGGGAUGAUCAAGCAGAACCCUCUGUGUUCCAGUCUAGGAGCAAGCCUUUAGCCACUAUGUUUUGUACAUUUUAAACCAAGACCUUUUUUCUGCAAGAAAAAACAUUAUCAUUCCCGUGGUGUGUGUUUGUCAUGAAGUCAGCAAUUUUAUAUUUACAAGGAUUGAGAUCUAGUUAAUUUUAUUUUGGGGAGAUUUUUGUGUUUACUUUUUGAUCUAGUAUCUGGAGUAAACAAAUUCUGUUUAACCAACAAAAAUACUAAGUGGUAAACUGCAGUAUUAAGUUUAUCAACAGGUCUGUUUUAUGGGGUCAACCUUGUUUGACAUGGUGAAAUGCAAACUAAAUAAUACACGCUAUUUAAUCUCAAUGAUAAUCAACUGUUUAGCAAAGGAUUGUUUUUUCCAGUCCAAUCCAUAUUCCUGG